AUGGCAGAAACAGUUAUCACAACCCUUGUAAGUCCUGCCGUGAGCAUUGCACUGGAAAAAUUGUCUUCUCUUGCUACAGCGGAGUUUUUUGCAUUCAUUCAUGUCAAGGAUGACAUAAAAAAGCUAGAGAGCACGUUAACAGACAUUCAGCAGUUGCUUACUCAACUCAAUUCUUCUAAUUCUACCGGCAUGAAGAAUUGGCUCGUAAAGCUUCAAGUUGUAGCUUAUGAUGCGGAGGAUUUGAUUGACUGUUGGGCAACAGAAUAUCACCAGUGGAAGAUAAAGAAGCAGGUACGAAAACUUCAUCUCCCAUUCAACACUUCCAACUUUUUAUUUCAGCAGCGCCAAUUGCGCAAGUUGAAAGAAAUUAAAGCAGAAAUAAGUGAGCUUUUACAAAAUGGACAGUGCUAUAAAACCAUCAUUGGGAACCCUACGUCUAGAAGUCAAAGUAGUUUACAACCACAACAAACUGGUUCUCUUUCAAACAAUCUAGUUGUUAGCAGGGAAGAGGAUAAAAAAAAGAUUAUAGAACUGCUAAUACCAGAUGAAGAAGCCAGUGAUGGGGGCGAUCUUUCUUUUGUUCCCAUUGUAGGGAUGGGAGGAUUAGGUAAAACAACUCUUGCCCAACUUAUCUAUCACGAUGAGAAGGUUGAAAAUUAUUUUAAGAUUAAAACUUGGGUUUGUGUAACAAACCACUUUGACAUGAAGAGCAUUUUCAGAGAAAUAGUGGUUUCUCACAUGUCUGAAAAAAAUAUUGGCCAUGAUGUCAACAACCUCUCCUAUGCCCAACUACAAACCCGUGUUCAAGACAUCCUGACCCGAAAACGCUUUAUACUUGUCCUAGAUGAUUUAUGGAAUUAUAAUCAUGUGGAAUUGCAGCCACUAUUGGAUGUCUUAAAUCUAGGGGGCAGGGGAAGUAAGGUUCUGGUGACUAGUCGGAUUUCAGAUGUUGCAAAUAUUAAGGGUUCAAAAGCCCCUUAUUAUUUGCAAUGUUUGGAUGAUAAUGAAUCGUGGUCAUUGUUCGCAGAGAUUGCAUUCAAAGAGGGUAGUUUUGCACAUAGUGAUGUUGAAGAGUUAAAAGUAUAUGGAAAAGAAAUUGUAAGAAAAUGCAGUGGUUUGCCUUUGGCAGUAAAACAAAUGGGAGGUCUGCUACGUGGGAAAACUGUGGAUGAGUGGAAACAUAUCAUGAGAAGUGAAGCAUUGGAAGUAAAAGAGGAUAAGAUACAACCAGUUCUUAGAUUGAGUUAUAACCAUCUGCCUUCGCCUGAUCACAAGCAGUGCUUUGCGUUCUGUUCCCUGUUUCCAAAAGCUCAUGUUUAUGAAAAGAAUGAAUUGGUCAAAUUGUGGAUGGCAGAAGCAUUUAUUCGACCUCAUAACAGACAGAGGACAGAAGACAUAGGAAGAGCAUACUUCAAGGAGCUGUCAGACAGGUUCUUCUUUGAAAGCUUAACCCAAGGCAAGGAUGACGGAAAAUAUAAGAUGCAUGAUCUUAUCCAUGACUUUGCACAAACAGUUUCCAGUCCUUUUUGUUGCCAAGUGACAGAUACGAAAAGUUUAGAGCCAAGAGUUGAUGAAAAAUCUCGUCAUGUAUCACUUCUUUCAAAAGAUGUUGAGCAGCCUACUAUAGAGAUCAUCAGCAGAUCGAACAAGCUGCGCACACUUUUAUUUCCUGUUCAGCACUUGAGAACCUUUGGGAAAGCGCAAUAUGAGAUAUUCGAUUCACUUACGUAUAUGCGCGUGCUAGACUUGAGUUCAAGCACACUUCUCAAGCUGCCAGAUUCAAUUGAAAAGUUGAAGCUUUUGCACUACCUUGAUUUAUCAAAAACUGAAAUAAAAAAGCUUCCAGAAUCUGUAUGCAAGCUCUACAAUUUGGAGACAUUGAAACUUUUGGGUUGCCCUUGGCUUCUCAGUUUGCCAAAGAAGCUCAAAAAUCUUGUCAAGUUGAGGCAUCUGGAGCUGGAUGAAAUGUUCUGGUACAAGGCAUCCGCAUUUCCACAAGGCAUGGGGUGUCUAACCAGUUUGCACAAUUUACACAAAUUUCAGGUUGGCAGGGAUACUGGAUACAAACUUGAAGAAUUGAAGAAAAUGGAAUACCUUACAGGAACACUGCACAUCUCAAAGCUGGAAAAUUCAGAGAAUGCAGUGGAGGCUAACUUGAAAGGAAAAGAAAUGAUUCAAAAAGUAGUAUAUGAAUGGAGCAGCAACACAUCUGACGUUAAUUUGCAAGAUGAAGCCGCUGCUAAGCAGGUACUCGAAGACCUGCAACCUUACUCAAGGCUCAAAGAGCUCCAAAUAUGUCACUACAGGGGCACUGACUUUCCAAAUUGGAUGAAACAUGGACAGCUUCGGAAUUUGGUUAAUAUUUCUUUGAAUGGUUGCACAAGAAUCAAAAUCCUCACUCUUGGAGAGCUGCCCAACCUUGUAGAACUUGGUCUCAAAAAUAUGCUGGAGUUGGAGGAAUGGCAAGAAGAGGUGCUCGAAUCGCUCUCAACGUUAAAGAUAAGCAACUGCCCGAAGCUGAUGAAAAUGCCUCGCCUCUUUCCAAAUCUGCGUGUUCUAAAGAUCACAAAGUGCGCAUCACUGGAGACCGUUCCAUUCAGCAGAGCAAUGUUCGUAAAACUUGUUGACAAUCCUGUGCUGAAGCACUGGCCGGAAGUAACACUAGUUUAUGUUGUCCAAGGGGUAACUAGACACCUAAAUUCCUCUCUCUCUCUCUUGGAAGUGAAUAUUAUCAACUGCCCCGAGCUGCGUUCGCUGCCAAGAAACCUCUGCCCACAGAAACUGGAAUUAAGUGGAUGCAUGUCGUUGAGAGCCUUACCUGACCAACGCUGCUCGGGGAGGCUUCAGGUUUUAGCAUUGGAUGCUUGUCCUGAUGAAACACUAGUGAGUAUGAUACCUGGCACCGGGAGUUUAUACUCCUUGGCGGUUUCAAACAUCUCAAAUUUCAUCUGCCUUCCAAAAUGGCCUAGUCUCCCAGGACUCAAAGCGCUGUACAUCAGUAAUUGUGGAGAUCUUGAGCAUCUAACCAACCAAGAAAACAGGACAUUGUUCAACGGCUUCACCUCUCUUCAACUUCUCUCCAUCCAGAAGUGUCCUAAGCUUGUGACACUGCCAGUUGAAGGGCUCCCAAUCUCUCUUCAAGUUUUGAUCAUUAGCUCAUGCGCGAGCCUCGAGUCAUUUGGGGCCCCUGACGUGCUCAAGAAUCUUACCUCCCUCCAUGAUCUUUACAUCGAAGAUUGCCAAGCACUCCAGUCAUUGCCAGGGGAUGGCUUGCCAACCUCCCUCCAGCAUCUGUCUAUCCAAAGCUGCCCUUCACUGAUAGAACAGUGUGAGAAGGAAGAUGGUGAUUUGCCCAAGGUUGAAGGCAUUGCUGAUAGGGAAAUUAAGCCAUCUACCAAAAGAACCUCAUCAUGA